UCUGCCUGGCUGUCACAAUUUGUUUAUUAUUUUGUUGUAAUAAUUUCAAUGUUUUCGUGAAGAUAAUUUCAAUAAAUUGUGGGUUACUAUAUCGUAUCGUUCAAUGAUGACUGAGUUUAAUAAAGAUUAACUUUAUUAAAAAAAAAACAUGUGAAAUCGAGAUGUAAAAACACUUGUUGUAUAGUCAAAAUGAACAUUGGGGGAGACAGUGUAAAUAAAAUAAAUAAUGUUGAGCUUAUUGCGAAGGUAUAAAACAAUGGUUCUAGUCAGUUUAUUUUUCUUUUAUAUCGGUUGUGGAAUUACAUUAAGCUUUUUACGACUCGAAUGUGUUACUGCUGUAGCCACAAAGAAACCACAAGAGGCUCUAUCAAGUGAUGUGGAAUACGCCGUGUUGAUUCUAAGCAGUCCUGAUAAUAAAGUUAAAAGAGAUGCAAUACGAAUAACUUGGAAAAAGUUAUCAGAAAACAUAUUUAUAGAAAAUGGAGAAAAACUUUACAAAUGGAACCAAGAUUCUGUUGGAACAGGUGUCAAACAUGAAUUCGUAAAAUUUUUCUUUGCUGUGGGCACCCAAGGCUUACAUGACAUGGUAUUAGAAGGUUUAAGAAGAGAAUCACAGAAUAGUAACGACAUGCUUCUUUUAGACUUUCUAGAUAGAUAUGAAUAUCUAACUUCAAAGUUAAUAAAUGCGAUGAAAUGGAUAAGUGCUAAUUUGAAGGGAUUAAAAUAUGUUAUAAAAUGUGAUGAUGAUUCCUUUGUUAGAAUUGAUCUUAUUAUUAAGGAUUUAGACGCAUAUGCACCAGAAAUGAACGGUCCGGAACUGAGUCAGUAUGUUACUUUUAAGAAAACUUUACCCUCAUACAAAGGUUUGUAUUGGGGGUAUUUUGAUGGCAGAGCGACAGCCCGUCUGAGCGGUAAAUGGCAGGAAAAAGACUGGUUCUUAUGCGACUCCUACUUACCUUAUGCUCUAGGCGGUGGCUAUAUUAUAUCCAGGAGCAUUGUUGAUUACAUUGCUAGAAAUGCUGACUUUUUAAGCGUCUACAACUCUGAAGAUGUUUCAAUGGGUGUGUGGACAGCGGCUCUUGACGGAAUCAAUAGAGUACACGACACAAGGUUCGAUACAGAAUGGAAGUCUCGUGGAUGCAGCAAGCACAUGUUAGUAAGGCACAAACAGACUCCACCUGACAUGCUCAGCAUGAACACAGCGCUAGUUAAUUCUAAAGGCGAGACUCUGUGCAAAACUGAGUCUGUUGAGCGGAAAUCCUAUAGCUAUAAAUGGGACGUACUUCCAAGCAUGUGCUGCAAAUAGAACAUAAUUUUAAUAAAGUCCAGUCACAAAAACAAUGUAAAUACUUUUGAGAAAUAUGUAAUUUUUAUUUAACAAUUUGAACACAAUUACAAUAAAAGUAAAAUAGACUUGUCACUUAAGGAUGUCAAUCCAGUUAAAUGUAUAAAUACUCAUAAUUAUUUAUAAAAGAUAUUAAUUGUAAGAAUAAAUCAUAGAUAUGAAAAAUAUAAACAGUUAAAAUGA